UAAUCUCUUUGUUGCUCUCUCUCUCACACACACUAAUCAUAACCAUGGGAGACAAACCACUUCUUCAGAAAGUUAGUAUUCAAAAAGACAUUGAAUCAUCAGAUAAAGGGGUUCGUGUAAACGACGGUGAUGGACCCGUCACUUUAAUUCUACUCUUCACAACCUUCACUGCUCUUUGCGGCACCUUCUCCUAUGGCACUGCCGCCGGCUUUACAUCACCAGCUCAAACCGGGAUUAUGGCAGGACUGAAUCUUUCUUUGGCUGAGUUCUCAUUCUUUGGAUCUGUCUUAACAAUUGGUGGACUUGUGGGAGCAGCGAUGUCGGGAAAACUUGCUGAUAUACUUGGUCGAAGAGGCGCUUUGUGGGUUUCAAACUCGUUUUGCAUGGCCGGCUGGCUUAUGAUCGCCUUCUCUCAGGAGACUUGGUCCCUUGAUAUCGGAAGACUUUUUCUCGGGGUCGCAGCUGGCCUAGCUUCUUACGUGGUACCAGUCUACAUUGUAGAAAUCGCGCCCAAAAAAGUUCGAGGCGCGUUCUCUGCGAUCAACUCGCUUGUGAUGUGUGGUAGCGUUGCCGUCACAUUCCUCGUUGGAUCAGUCAUUUCAUGGCAAAAAUUAGCUCUCAUAAGCACGGUUCCUUGUGUUUUGGAAUUCGUCGGUUUAUUCUUCAUACCGGAGUCUCCUAGGUGGCUGAUAUAUAUGGAAAAUCUUCAAGAAUUCAAAGAAGAUGGAUUUUUCGAGCUCUUCAACCCACGAUACUCUCGUGUCAUUACUGUGGGAAUUGGAUUGCUAGUACUACAACAACUUGGAGGUCUUAGUGGCUAUACAUUUUACCUAAGCUCGAUUUUCAAAAGAUCAGGGUUCCCUAACAACGUAGGAGUAAUGGUUGCAAGCGUGGUGCAGUCUGUGUCAAGCGUUAUAGGAAUUAUAAUCGUGGAUAAAUUUAGGAGGCGAUCUCUUUUAACGGUUGCGACGGUCAUGAUGUGUUUGGGGUCAUUAAUCACAGGACUAGCGUUUUUGUUUCAGAGCUAUGAUUUACUUGAAAGUUACACCCCGAUUUCAACAUUAAUGGGCGUGUUGGUUUUUCAAAUUUCGAUCACAAUCGGAAUAGGAGGUAUUCCAUGGGUUAUGGUCUCCGAGAUGACACCGAUAAAUAUAAAGGGCUCAGCAGGGACGCUAUGCAAUCUAACUAGCUGGUCCAGCAAUUGGUUCGUCGCUUACACUUUCAACUUCCUCUUCCAGUGGAGCUCUUCCGGUGUGUUUUUCAUAUACACGAUAAUAUCGGGUGUGGGCAUCCUAUUUGUGACGAAAAUGGUACCAGAGACUCGAGGCCGUUCGCUCGAAGAAAUUCAAGCUUCUAUUACCCGAUGAUAAAAUUAUUUAUAUUUCUUUUCUUUUUAUUUGAUGUCAAGUUCAUAUAAUUUUAAACAUGGCCUCACUUAUCAAUUAAUUCAGAG